UUGCCAAGCAGAAUGUCAAUUUCCAACAUCAGUGAUGACAGUGUCCCAGGCACACUCAUCCUGACGGGCAUCCCAGGGCUGGAGUGGGCCCACAUCUGGAUCGCCAUCCCCUUCUGUGCCAUGUAUCUGGUAGCGCUGACUGGGAAUGCUGCCCUUAUCCUUGUCAUUGUGACAGACAGGGUUCUUCAUGCACCCAUGUACCUCUUCCUGUGCCUUCUCUCACUCACUGACCUGGCUCUCAGCUCCACUACUGUGCCCAAGACAUUAGCCAUUUUGUGGUUUUAUGCUGGAGAGAUUUCCUUUGGUGGAUGCCUGGCCCAGAUGUUUUGUGUCCAUUCUAUCUAUGCUCUGGAGUCCUCAGUUCUUCUCGCCAUGGCCUUUGAUCGCUAUGUGGCUAUCUGCAACCCACUGAGAUAUACAACUAUUCUCAACCAUACUGUCAUAGGCAAAAUUGGCCUUGCCAGCAUACUCCGCAGCAUAGUUUUUGUCUCCCCAUUCAUCUUCUUGUUGAGGCGACUGCCUUACUGUGGUCACCAUGUCAUGGCCCACACAUACUGUGAGCACAUGGGCAUCGCUCGCCUGGCCUGUGCCAACAUCACUGUCAAUAUUGUCUAUGGGCUGACUGUGGCCCUGCUGGCCAUGGGUCUGGAUGCCAUCCUCAUUGCCAUUUCCUACGGCUUUAUCCUCCAUGCUGUCUUCCGCCUUCCAUCUCAAGAUGCCAGGCACAAGGCUCUGAGUACCUGUGGCUCCCACCUGGGGGUCAUCCUGGUCUUCUACAUUCCUGCCUUCUUCUCCUUCCUCACCCACCGCUUUGGCCAGCACCGAGUCCCCAAGAAUGUGCACAUUUUUCUGGCCAACCUGUACGUGCUGGUGCCUCCUGUGCUCAACCCGAUCAUCUAUGGGGCUAGGACCAAGGAGAUUCGGAGCCGACUUCUGAGACUGCUUCACUUGGGAAAGGUCUCAGUAUAA